AAAGACGAUGCAGACAUACAGAGUAUCUCUUAUCAUGAUGACAGUGUAACAGCCAGGUUAAUUGCUUCAGAUGCUCUUGAGCAAGAAGAAGCCUUUCAUGUCCAAAACACGGAAGCUUUACCCAGUGACAAAGAAAUUAGUAUGCAAAAGACAAAUGAUACAUUAGAAACUGUGAGAGAUGUCAUAAUAAAAGACUUAAGUACAGGACGGGAGAGUUCAAUGUAUGUACAAGGUUCUGGACAGGAUGAAGAUGGAGAACAAUUUGAAGAUUCUAUGAAGAAAGAUCACAAAGACAGAGAAAUUAAUGUUGAACUGUUUUCUGCUGAACACAGCAAAACUGAUGCUCCAUCUGACAUUGGUCUUGAGGAAAAGUUAAGAGCAGAGCCAGCUGUGGAUGUGUCUGAGGAAAAUGGAAUUUCCAGCAAACAAGAAAAAACUCAUUUAGACGGCAGUGAAACUUUGCAAGUAGAACCCAAACAGAGGAGGAGAAAGAUGGGCUCUACUCGCCGGAGUCAACUCAAUAGAAAACCAGAGGAAAAGAGAACAGAAACAAUAGAUAGUGACUUUAACACAGAGGCUGACAUGAAAAAUCUUGACAAGAGGGGAGUAGUGGAGGAGUUACCAGUGACUGUAGCUGCAGAAGUGUCACCCAGUGAAAAAGCAAAACCAUCACUGAGUCCUGCCUCUCACAAUGAAGAAGUUGUUGAUCCUGUUAAGUUUGUUCAGGUAGCUGAUGUGAGGGAGAGUGAGAGAAAUGUAGAUGUUAGUGUGGAGCCAUCACAGAUAGAUGAUUUUACAGCCGUUGAGGUGGAUAUAGCAUCUGUGCUUCCUGGAGAUAACUCAAUAAAUCCAUUGCUCUCUGCUAAUACUGAAGACACUACAGAGGAGAGUUUUGCGUCUUUAUGUGAGACCACACAGAGUGCACAAAAUGAUGAGGAUAGGCCAGAGAGUGUAAGUGUUACAAAUAACCAAGCUCUGAAAUCAGCAGAGCAACCUGAUGUGGCAGUUUUGGAUAUUGUGAAAUCCGAAGUCAGAGGAGGAACUGGAGAGGAGCAUUUGAGUGCCCAGGCAAGUGAAGAAGAGCCAGACAACAUGAAUGAAGGAGCUCACAAUAAAAAUCCCGAGGGGAAGAACAGGAGAAGAAAGUUGGGCUCCUCCAGAAGGAAUCUCCCAUCGCGAACCAAGCGGGAAGACUUGCAUCAAAAGCAAGAAGUGGAUGAUGAGGCAACAGAGGCUGCAACUAAUGUGGGAGAUGUAAAGACUGAAAGUUUGUCAGGCAUCAUUGAAGAUGAGGAGCAGCUUCACGUGGCAGACAAAGACAUUGGCUCUGAAGAAAGGAAAGAAACAGUGUUUGAAACAGAGGAGCAUGGCCACACAGGUGAGUCUCAAGAAAAUCCUGUUUCUGGUGGCCAACUAGUGGAAACAGAGCAUCAACCAACUCCAAAUGAUCCCUCUGCCAUACCAUCCUCUUCACCCAAACAAGAUUCAGUGUCAGAAUUGACAUCUAGUGGGAAAAGAAGAAAAAUGGGAUCUCACCGGAAGUCACAUGGACACCAAAACAAUGAAAACCAAACUGCAGGAGGGGACAGAAUAACAGAUACACAAAAUGGGCAAGAUGUCAGAGGUACCCGGGAUCAAAGUGCCAUCAAGACAACUGAAGAGCUGAGAGAAAAGUCCUUGGGCCUGGACAAAAUACCAGAGGUUGAUGAAAGUGACAAGACACCAUCAUCUAACAUCAGCACCUCAAAGGAAGGAGAGCACUCACGGCCUGUGAGUGACAAGACGCCUCAACCAGUGACUCCAAUUCAACACCGUUCUGCUGAUAUCCGCCUGGGUCAAGAGAGUCAGACGAAGUUCUCUCUGGCAGGUAAUGCCAGAGCAGCAGAUCUUAGAUCUAACGCUUACAAUGUGAUGAUGAUUGGAGACAGCAGUGUGGGCAAAACCUCCUUCAUAAAAAGAGCUCAAAGUGGGAAGUUUUCUUUAGAUUUACCCGCCUCUGUUGGUCUGGAUUCCUGCAUGUGGACUGUGGUAGUGGAAGGAAAACCUGUGGUGCUGCAGUUGUGGGAUACUGCCGGUCAAGAAAGGUUUCACAGCAUCACAAGACAGAUUUUCCACAAAGCCCAGGCAUUUCUCCUGAUGUAUGACAUCACUUGCUCUCAGAGUUUUUCUGCAGUCAGCUACUGGGCAAGCUGUAUUCAGGAAGGUGCUGCAGAGGACGUGAUGGUUUUACUUGUUGGGAAUAAGAGUGAUUGUGCAAAGCGGCAGGUAAAAACUCAGGAGGCGCAAAGUCUCGCUAAGGAAUACAACUUUGAAUUCAUGGAGUGCAGCGCUGCCACAGGUGAAAAUGUGGUUCAGUCUUUGGAGACUGUAGCCAGGAUGUUGUGUCAAAGAGAUGACACAAGAGAGGAGGCCAUGGUGUUACACAAAGAGCCCCAAAAGAAAAAAUCAUCAGGAUGUUGCUGAACGAGACGUGUGUCUGAAAAGUCGGUGAAGAAAUCCUGCUCACAGUGGACACACACAACUGGCUGAACUGGCUUUUCAAAGAUGAAAACUGGUACUCCAACCAUCAUUGUUCUUAAUAGUUUUUAUCAUAAACUAUAUUCAUUUACACAAAAGUAUACAAGUUGAAUUUCCUUUUCACACUUACCUUCAGAUGUUUUAUUAUUCUACCAAGCCUUAUCUUGACAAUCUAGAGGACCGUUUAAAGGGACAGUAACCCCCAAAUCAAAAAUAGGUAAAGUAUACUGUUCCACUUUUGGAAAUGGAGCAUUUUCAGAUGAGAGAGGAAGCCACAGAGGUUUUCGAUUUGAUGUGCGCUCACUCUACAUACCAUACUGUAGAGCUGAUGCAUGCUUUUUUCACUGACCAGUUUUAAGUGAUCAGAGGAAUAAUUAUCACAAAUGGCUAAUGGAUUUCUUUUUAAUCAUUUUGUGGGUUUUAUCUUUUCUUCUUCCUCUCUGCAAUAAUGAAGCUUCACUCUACUGGUGCAAUUCAGAUGUUCACAUCAAGUCAAUAUUUGUACAGUCUUGUUACAGGUAUUUUCAUUUCAGGAUUCAUUAACCAAUCUCACUGAGAAACUAAACUGAGUAUUUAAGCCUGCAGAAAAGUUUCUCAGGUACUCAGAUGAAAAAAAGAAGCACCCACAAAGAGUAAGGAACUUUAUAAUGUUACUUUUAUCAUACAAAUGUAUAUUAAAUGUUGCUUUAAAUUUCACUGCUGCUAAAUCUUAACAAGCAAAUUACCACUUGGAAGUUACAAAACAUGGUAUCAAAGUGCUAUUAUCAGUUUUUUUAAUAUAAUAAUUGAAGUCUUUUUGUAGAAUAUUUCGGUGUUUACAAGCAACUUGUGCAAUACGCCUGUGAACAAGAGCAUCCUUUCAUUGUUGUAGCUGUUAAGUUCAGUGUUAUUCUGUUAUUACAUUAAGUUAUGAUUUUGUACAUUUACUAUCUGUUCUAAAUGAACGCCGUUGGCACCACUGCAGUCGUCACACAGCUGCCAGAUAAUCAUAAAUACAUUUCAUGCCUCUAUAAUUAAGACAGAGGUAGUAAAAUAAAUAACUAUACGUGUAAAUUAUCUCUGUGUAUUUCUGUAUUACUGGUGGUUAAAUACCUUUAAUCAGAUUGUUUUAAUGUUUUGCCUCACGCUUAAUAAACCUCCAGAAUGGCGACUGUGUGCUCAGA